UCAGAGACACCUAAAAGCAAACGUUUACAUCUCUGUUUAUUUCAGCAGACCUUCAGAAUGUCAGACGUGAUCUGCGGAGGAUGGUCAAAAACAAAGAAAGCUGAUGAGCAAACUCAGAAGAUCUGUGAAAAUGUCAAAAACCAAGUAGAAAAAGAGCCACAGAAGAAUUAUGCCGAAUUUCAUGCUGUGGAGUACAGGAGUCAGGUGGUGGCAGGAAUAAACUAUCUCAUCAAGGUUCAUGUUGGAGGAACCAAUUACCUUCAUCUGAUGGUGUUGCAUGAGCUUCCAUGUAAUGCAGGACAAGAAGUGGUGACUGGUGUACAGGAGCAUCACCACAAAGACGAUCCCCUUGUACCUUUCUAAUGUGAUCACAGAGCCUGCUUCAGCUUUCUCCAAAAUGUUAUUAUCAUUUUAUUGUAAUAAUAUUCCUGUGAACUUGAAUGUUAUACAGAGAGUAUGAUUACAUAUACAGGAAUGAAGACAGAGAUGGUACAAUGUAUACUUUAGAAGUGGAUGAAGUUGAAUAAAUAGAUUCACACAUGAAUAAUAAAGAAAUUAUAAAAUG